AUGAACAGAGAAAAUCGAACCAAUAUUUCUGGAUUCUUCCUCCUGGGUUUCUCUGAGCUACCAGAACAGCAACAAAUUGUCUUCUGGUUGUUCCUGUGUGUAUACCUUGUCACUAUGGUUGGGAACCUGCUCAUCUUGCUAGCCAUUGGCUUAGAUGCUCACCUUCACACCCCCAUGUACUUCUUCCUGGCCAAUCUCUCCUUUGUUGACAUUUGCUUUUCAUCAGUCACAAUACCCAAGACACUGGUGAACCAUGUAUUGAAAAGUAAAUCUAUCUCUUAUGCAGAGUGUAUGGCACAGAUAUAUUUCUUUAUCACUUUCAUAAACAUGGAUGGGUUCCUUCUGGGAGUUAUGGCAUAUGACCGCUAUGUGGCCAUCUGCCACCCACUCCACUAUACCACUAUCAUGUGCCCUAGAUUCUGCAUCAUUUUGGUGAUGGUAUCAUGGGUCAUCACUCACCUGCAUGCCCUCUUACAUACCCUACUAAUGGUCCAAUUAUCCUUCUGUGCUGACAACACCAUUCCCCACUUCUUCUGUGACCCAUACCCCAUCCUGAAGCUCUCCUGUUCUGACACUUACCUCAAUGACUUGAUGGUGUUCACUGUGGGUGGGAUGGUGUUCAUGACUCCAUUCAUGUGUAUCACUAUCUCCUAUGCCUAUAUCUUCUCCAAGGUAGUAAAGAUUCCAUCUACUCAGGGGAUAAAGAAAGCCCUAUCCACAUGUGGCUCUCAUCUCACUGUAGUCUCUCUCUUUUACGGGGCUAUCAUGGGAGUCUAUUUGCGCCCAUCAUCCUCUUACUCCACUCAGGACAUGGCUGCCACAGUUAUUUUCACUAUGGGAACUCCAAUGCUCAACCCUUUCAUCUACAGUCUAAGAAACAGAGACAUAGAGGCAGCCCUGAGAAAAAUAAUAUCAUCUAAAGAAGUCUCCCUUUGA